CGGACAGCACAUUUGAAAGAGAUCUUCCUCCGAGGCCAAAGGGAUUUGAACACAGCAGCCAUGGCUGAGAGACAUAUUCCUUUCACCCUGCUCCGCACCCCGAGCUGGGACCCAUUCCGCGACUGGUACCAGAGCAGCCGCAUCUUCGACCAGACCUUCGGGAUGCCGGCCGCACUAGAGGACUUCGCCACAUUCCCCAGCACCCACUGGCCCGGGUACAUGCGGCCCUCCUUCCUCGCCCCGGACGUGGGCGCCAUGAUGCCCCACGGCCACGGACCCGCACUCUACCCAAACGCCAUGAUGGCCCAGCAGGCCCGCGCCCUGUCCCGCCAGAUGAGCAGCGGCAUCUCAGAGAUCAAGCAGACGCCGGAGAACUGGAAGGUGUCGCUGGACGUCAACCAGUUCUCCCCCGAGGAGCUGGUGGUUAAGACCAAGGAUGGCGUGGUGGAAAUCAGCGGCAAACAUGAAGAGAGGAAGGACGAGCACGGAUUUGUGUCCAGAAGCUUCACCCGGAAAUACACUCUCCCCUCGUCGGCCAACGUGGAGAAGGUGACGUCCUCCCUGUCUCCAGAGGGCGUUCUGACCGUGGAGGCGCCUUUGAACAAAGCGGCCAUCGAGUACUCGGAGACCACGAUACCCGUGAACGUGGGCGAGAAAGCUGGCGUGGUAAAGAAGUAGGAGGAGCGGCCGCAUCGCGGACCCCACAGCGACACGCAGUAGAAAGAGCAUCACAACUACACUCUCCGUAUGAACAUACAGUAGGACAGGAGCCUCGCAGCUCAGCUUUCUAAAUCUCCUUUAUGCUGGACUGGAUCAUCCGUGAUCUGUGGUGUAGCUGCCUUUGUGAACACGCUACUCAGUCUUGAAAAGCAACAAUAAAUAAAGAACAAACAUGAA